GGAGAUCAUCUUGAGCCUCAUGGUGCAACAUUAAAAGAUGGACCAGCAUUUACUGACAAUUCAACAGGCGGAAAGGGCGGAAAGGGCCUCGGCAAGGGUGGCGCCAAGCGCCACCGUAAGAUCUUGAAGGACAACAUCCAGGGUAUCACCAAACCCGCUAUCCGUCGUCUUGCGCGUCGUGGUGGCGUCAAGCGUAUAUCCGCCAUGAUUUACGAGGAGACCCGUAGUGUCCUCAAGACCUUCCUCGAGGGUGUUAUCCGUGAUGCCGUCACCUAUACUGAGCAUGCCAAGCGCAAGACGGUCACGUCGCUCGACGUGGUCUAUGCCCUGAAGCGCCAGGGCCGCACCCUGUACGGUUUCGGUGGUUAA